AGGAAUGCCAUUAGAUAAGCUCUGGUCGUGUUCGAAGCUGAGCUAGAGUAGGGGCCACUGGAGGCUAAUUGAGCGUGAUCCGAGCCUGCAGUUGCGUCAUUCCAUCACGCGAAGAGUGCUCGAAAUUUGGACUUCCACUUGUGCAGCCGAGACUCACUCCCAGUAACGUGAUUCGCGACGGGCCUGGGUGUUUAUUGCCUACGCAUGUGACACGGCGACACAUUGCUAAACCGCAGGGGCUCACGUCGCCACCUCUAUCUCACUACCAGGAGUGACUUUUCAUAGGCUAGCACAGCUUUCGAGACCUGCACAUGCGGAAAUAUGCGGAAACUUGCAACUUCGGCAUUAGAGUUUGGACUUUCUGUGAUGCGAUUUGGGGAGUCUGAGGAUCUGCAGUUUUUGUUGUAUCAGUGGCGGACUCAGAGUCCUAUAUAGAGAAUUCAUUGGCUGAAGAGAGCCGCUUGAGCCAUCCGACAUCACCAGCGUCGUAGCUCGAUUCCAUCGCUCAGGAGUUACUACUGGUUGGAGGAGUUCUGAAGCAUCUAAAUUGUCUCACAGUUACUACAACACUGUGGGAAUCCUGAUUUCUCCGCUGCAAUCAGAGCAUCUAGAGUCUGAGGGAGCAAUACAGGUGACCGAAGGCCGAAGAGGAGGUGAAGAUGGCGCCAUUCGCAGGGAUGGAACCAGAUGAGGCGACCCCCUUGCUAAUGCAUGCUGGGAGCGGUCAAGCAUCGGUGGCGCGCACUGCGGGCAACAUCUUCAUCUCGAUCGUGGGAGCAGGGGUCUUGGGAUUGCCUUACACGUUUCGAAUGAGUGGUUGGGCUGUUGCUGCAAGCUCCGUCGUGGGAGCGGCCUCCCUUACUUAUUACUGCAUGCUGCUUCUGAUAGGGUGCAAAGAUUCUAUUGCCAAAGGCGGUGGCAUGCGAGUUCGAACAUAUGGAGACCUCGGACAGAUGGCUUACGGUUCCGCAGGUCGACUCACUGUCGACAUUCUCAUCUGCGUAUCGCAAAUUGGUUGUUGUGUUUCCUACCUCAUCUUUCUCGGCCAGAAUGUGUCGUCUGUCGUUACGGGCUUCACCACCCGCUCCUCCGAUUUCAUUUUCAUCAUGAUAGUCUUCCAGAUCAUCCUCUCUACUUUUCGGUCCCUGCAUUCCUUGGCCCCGUUCAGUAUUUUCGCCGAUGUGUGCAACGUCGCAGCUAUGGCGUUAGUGAUCAAGGACGACCUCCAGAGCGCCAAGAGCUUCCAGGACUUGAACCCCUACACAACCCUAACUGCCAUUCCGUUUGCCAUGGGCGUUGCCAUAUAUUGCUUUGAGGGCUUCGGCAUGACCCUAACCCUAGAAGCCUCAAUGAAGAGACCCGAGAAGUUCCCCCGCAUUCUGGCGCUUGAUUUCGUAGCGAUCACCUCCCUCUACUUAAUGUUCGGCUUUAUCGGAUAUUGGGCAUUCGGAGACUACACCCAGGACAUCAUCACACUCAAUCUGCCGCAUGACUUGUCAACUAUCCUGGUGAAAGUGGGGCUGUGCAUUGGUCUCUUCUUCACAUACCCCGUCAUGAUGUACCCAGUGCAUGAAAUCUUUGAAAUGAAGCUGCUACAGAGCUCGUGGUUUCAGACCAAGGUGCAACCAUCCUCCCAGCUUCACUCUCUUCUCCCCAUCGCUCUUCGUGGACUCUCAGUGCUCGGGACUGCGAUUCUGGCAGUAUCAGUGCCGGGAUUCGGCAUCUUCAUCUCUCUCGUAGGGGGUACUGUUUGUGCUCUCCUUGCAUUUGUCCUCCCAUCCAUGUUCCACAUGCAGCUCUGCGGCACAACUGCCUCUUGCCAAUCUCUCAUCAUUGACGCGGUGCUCAUCUUGCUUGGUGUUUCCUUCGCUGUCUACAGCACUUACGCUGCAGUUGCAUCGGUAUUCCUCACCCCGUCUUGAUUGACUGCCCACUCUGUGAUGCUCUCUAUAUCCCGUCGCAAAAAAAUUCAAAAGACAGAUUAAUUUUUCAAAAAACGACUCAAACGGAAGCUGUAGGAGUUGAUUAAGUCGUAAUUUGUUGAAUUCUCAGCAGAUUGUGUUUCCACCUUCAGUGUGAAACAUCAUGCUUCUGUAUUCUUUUUAUCAGCCAUAAUUAGUGUAUAGCUUGGAAUCGCAGGAAAUAAUAGUUUAAUGUACAGUUCCACUUUGCAAGAGCUGCAAGAGCGGCCAUAGCCCAAGGCAAGGGAACCAAAGGAUAUUGAAACGAGUAAUACUUAAUCUAGGCCCGCUUCUGUAUGUUGUAUAGUGUAGGAGAAUUUGGCCUAUUUAAGUGUACACUAUGAUUGAUUCUCCUCCUUUCCGAGCAUAUAUUGACGUUGAAUUACAAUUACAUAUUAAUUGAGAUUUUCUUCGAGAUCA